GUCAUGGGCGUCACUUUUCACUGGUCUAAUCUUUGGCCUUUGCAUCUCUUCCCCUUCCUUGCUGUUACUUCGUUACUUGUACCAGUCACGCCUUUCCCCAUUGGCCAUGCGAGAAUAACGUCAGACAUCCGUCCACAAUAUCCCUUAAUUAACCAUCAACUACUCUCCAAUUCCCAAACAGUGUUCUCCGAUGCGAUUAACGGGCGGAGAGAGGUGGGAGCUUUACCAGAUUCUGGUGAGGUAAGAGGAGAAGAAAGGAGCGAUUUUUGCCGGCCGGUGGGAGGUGGAGCUAUGUCGGCGGAGGAUUACGGCGCCGCCCUUUUUCUUGGCCUGCCAGACGACGUACUGGCGCUCAUCUCCGCUCGCCUCCGCCCCCGCGACCUCUGCGCAGUAGCUCUCUGCUGUCGUGGCCUCAACGCCGCCGUCGCCGCCUCUGAGAAGGUGUGGCUGGCGCAGUGCCAGCUCCUCGGCCCUCUGCCGGUGCUUCCCCUGUGGCGAAGGGGCGUGCGGUCGUACCGCGCUCUCUGCCGCUUCCUCACCGGCGUUGCGCCGCUCCUUGGCAUCUGGGUGCACCAGAACCCGGAGCUGGGUAACGUCGUCUGCGUCGUGUGGGGCUUCCUCUCCGUCGUCGGCGUCCGCGUCAUCCCACAGGAGCUGGGGCCCCUCGGCCUCCACGCCGGGCCCCUUCUCUGGGCGCCGGUGUUCGAGAUACUCGCCGACGCCAACGGUGCAUCCUCGCGCUUCUUUCUCCACGGCCGAGAAAGCGGCGAGGAUUGCCUCUACCCUGGCUCCGUCCGAUCAAUAGAUUCGUCUUCCAACGUCCUCCUCCUCGAAGUAGAUGUGCUAUCGAAAGCUUCGAUUUUUCCACAGAAGCCCCUUCAUUUGGCCUCCGCCAGGAGCAUCUCCGCCUUUCCCGAACCAAAAGACGCAAACUUUGCCAAAAAAUGCAGCCGAUCAAACACCACCGAAAUCUCUCUCUUUACAGAGCCGCCGCCACAAUCCCUUUCUUCCCCGACCUUUACUCAUCUGCCAUUUAGCGACCGCCGCCGCCUUCUCGAAUUAGUGGCGAGUAAAGUCCGUCUCAAGGUUCCCCCGGACUUGGCCGCCGCUCCUCUCUUUGAACGCGCUUCUUCCUUGGACGACGCCGAUCGCUUGGCCGAUCGAUGGUUGGAGCUCAUCGACAUGUUCAAGCUCAACGGCGGAUGGGUCGAUCGUAAGGCAGCAGACUUGGUAUUGGGCUCGGCCGAGUACACAAUUGCCGAGAGCAGAAUCACCAUGGACCACCCGCUGAGCGCUUCCACUGGAAAAAGAAGAUCCUUUUCCUCUGUUACUGGCUACUUGAAGCAAUUCAUGGCUAGAUCUAGUAGCCCUUCGAAAUCGAGUUCCGGCAAUGCUUCCGGUGGUUGCGGCAAGAGCAAGCACGCGCAGCUCCAUGAAUUCUUAUGCAAAGGGGACUUUAUUGGGCUGAGCUUGAGAGCAACGCACAUGAGGCUAACUUCCUACAGGGCCUGGCCGAACAUGCACGAAAGCAAGUUCGCUCUGUACAAGCUCCCGUCGCAUGUUCCAGUGACCGGUCGGGAGUUUGCCGGCGUGUGGGGUGGCACCUUCGGCUGGCCACCGGGGCAGCCGUCAGAAGGGAAAUCAGGGAAGGCGUUAUUCUUCUUGCUGCUUUCUUAUGAAGAGCUCGAAGGCCACCUUGUCCUCAUCGCCACUAAGAUCUUGGAAGGAACGCAUUAUGUCCUCCAUCCCAAUGGCUCCGCCAUGUUCAUUGCCAAAAUAGAUGAGGAAGCCUCAGAACCAGAAGCAUUCCCAUGGGAGACUGAUGGUGAAUCUCUUCAGGUGGAAGUCAAAAGUAGCCAUUCAGGUGAGGGAAUUGCUAAUGGCUAUGGAUUCCGGUACCCUGGGUCGAAGCCCGGGACAUUGUUUGUGCUCCAGAAUGGACUGUUAGCGUUCGUAUGGAAGGAUUCACAGUCCAUCUUGAGCUUGCAGAGGGUGGAGUUGCAACAGCUGCUGAAGAAAGGAGAAAGAGUGCCCGUGUUGCCUCCAAUUGUGAACUUCGCCUAUCUUACAAAAUCUUACUCCAAUGUUUUCGCAGGCUUCUCUUCAUAUUCUGGUCACUCAUCUUCUUCAAAUUAAGGUUAGCACUUCUUAAGGUGGCAUUCUAUUGUAUUUAGUACUCGAUCAAAGUUAUAAGUAAGAUGGUUGGCUUGAAUUCUCAAAAUGAAUUUGAGAUCUUGAAUUUCUCACCCUGUUCAUUGCAACUAAUGAAACAGGUUGUUAUCCUUCUUUUUAUACAUAGUUAUUCUGAUUCAUUCA